AUGGCGAAUUUAGAUGCUAGUGCAGUUGCUCCCGAAGAUCGCGUGCGGUUUUAUAAGCUCAAGGUACAGUCGGUGUUUGAACGCGUAAAAAAGCUACAAUCCAAGGUCGAUUCAGAUGCUCUUGCCGAUCACAGUGACAGCACUCUAAAUGUUCUACUGGAGCAUAUCGACAAGCUAAGCCACUCCUUUAGCAAGGCCCAUGAAAGUCUAGAGGAGCUCGACUUUACUGAGAUGUCCAGCAAUUUGCGCACUGACUUUGAUGAUUUAAUAAUGGUCAUGCAGUCAACAAUAAUGUCCGAAGUGCAAAGUCGUACUGCUCAAGUGCAUCAUAGUUCCACGUUUAGCCGUCCAAGUGACCCUCCUCGCGCAUCCGCUCCCAGAUUGCAGGCUGCACCUGCGUUGCCGCCAUUAAAGCUACCUACGUUCAGCGGUGGAUAUGCUAAUUGGGCUGAUUUCUACUCAAUGUUUUCUACAAUCAUUGAAAGUCGGCCAGAAAUCAGCAAUAUGGAAAGACUUCAGCACCUCCGGUCCUGCCUCGAUGGCGCAGCGUUGGAUACGGCCCACAUCGUAAAGAUCUUAGGUCUCAAAAGAGUAGAAAACGGAUCCAUAAUCAAGCUGCGUGAGCUAUCUGACAGCUUCAAUGUCCAUAUGCGUGCGCUCAGUAGUCUGGGCACAACAGAGCAGAUAGCCAGUGCCAUGAUUGCUCAGAUACUGCUACAGAAGCUUGAUGAGGCCUCACAAGCUAAAUGGGAAGAGAAAUUGGACAACUCAGAGACGGCUCUUCAGAUACCCAGAUAUGAAGAAGUCUCCCUCAUUUCUUGA